UAUCAGCCAAAAAUUUCGGGAUAUAAAGUGCGUUUAUCUUUGAAGACAAAUAAGUAAACAAUUAGAUUAUUAUUGCCGUACCACUUUAAAGAUAAUUCAGUGAUUAUAAAUCAAUUAACUGUCCAUCGAAAUAGACAACCGAUGUUCACUUUCUCACUUGUGUUCUAAGCUUCAUUUUAAUUAGUUGUUCAUCCAAAAGUAGAUGAUCAGUUGAUUGUUUUCCUCUAGCGAGUAAGUUUCUAUUUCUAGUCCUCAUCUUAUUUCAUCAACUGAUUGUCUAUCGGAUUUAACUGAUAAUUGGGUAAAAUGAGUGAUUCAAUUACUCCUGUUGAUCGAGAUGAGUUUGUGGAAACUCAAUUAAAACUGAUUAAAAUUGAACACGAAGCCGAAAAGGCGAAAACAAGAAAUAAGCAAAAUUAUCUCAAUUUAGCUGAUUUGGUUCGCCAAGGAAUUUGUAUUCGAGAUCUGCAGUGUUUAUCCUCUGAGGAGGGUUUGUAUGGGCGACACUUGAUUACUUUAGGUCUCAUUGAUGAACAAUUACCUUCUCACAAAAUUACCUGUGGUGAUAACGUUUCAAUCUGCAGAAUUUGCGAACCUGAGUUGCCCCUCGCUUCGGGUGUUGUUUAUUUACUCAACUCAGAUGAGAUCACAGUUGUCUUCGAUAUAAAGCCGAACCUUUAUGGAUAUAGAGAAUCUAUUAGAUAUUGCUUAAUUAAACAAUCAGUGGAUGUUACGCAUAAAAGAUUACAAAAGGCUUUAAUUAACCUCCGUGAUUAUCCUGCUGUUGGGCGAGCAUCGGCUCUCAUUGAUUUACUACUUGGUUGUCAAUUACCGGCUCGUCCUAAUGAAAUUGAACCGAUUGAGUUUAUCAACAGUCGAUUGGACGAUUCUCAAAAGGAGGCCGUGACCUUUGCGCUUCGAUCGAAGGAUUUAUGUAUCAUCCAUGGACCACCAGGAACGGGAAAAACUACCAGUAUUGUUGAGGUCAUUCUUCAGCAUGUGAAACGAGGCCUUAAAGUGCUAGUCUGUGCUCCAUCUAAUGUGGCUGUUGAUAAUCUGGUCGAGAGAUUAGCUUCAUUUAAGACACAGAAUAUGGUUCGAUUGGGUCAUCCGGCCAGAGCUUCGAGUGAUAUUCAUAAGUUCACAUUGGACGCAGUCGUCGAAAAGGCAAGACAAAAAGAUUUUGAUGAUUUUGGGAGCUCAUUGAAACACGAAGAAACCAUAUUGCACAAAGUACUAAGUGAUUGCGAUAUCAUCUUGUCCACUUUGGCCAAUUCCUCGAGCGAUGGUCCUCUUCAACAUUUAGAUGAUCCUGAUAAAUUCUUUGAUGUCCUCAUAAUCGACGAGUGUUCUCAAGCCACCGAAGUGUCCUGUUGGAUACCAUUACUUCACAUUGGAAAGUGUAUUCUCUCUGGUGAUCAUUAUCAACUUCCUCCGACAGUUAUUUCGCAAAUUGCGGCUAGAGAUGGUCUCGAAGUAACUUUGAUGGAGAGACUUCUUUCCCGAUUCGAUCACGAAAAUUUGGUUCGUAUGUUAACGGUACAAUAUCGAAUGCACCAGAAAAUAAUGGAAUGGUCUUCCAAAAAUUUCUAUUCGAAUGAGUUAACUGCUCAUCAUUCGGUGAAAAAUCAAUCAAUGUCCGAGAUCAGUAGACUUAAGGAUUGUCCACCAUUAUUGUUGAUCGACACCGCGGGUUGUGAUAUGCAUGAACUUGAGCAUACUUCGAAGGAAUCUAAGGGAAAUAAACACGAGGCCGAAAUAGCGGCCACUUAUGUCCGCUAUUUAAUUAAUAAUGGUGUUAAACCCGAGCACAUUGGUAUAACUACUCCGUACAAUUUGCAGAUUGAAUUGAUUAGAUCGCAGUUGAAGGGAAAACGCAUGCAUGAUGUCGAAAUACGGUCAGUGGACGCGUUUCAAGGUCGAGAAAAAGAGGUCAUCAUUUUUUCACUUGUUCGAUCAAACGACUGCAGAUCAACCGGAUUUCUCAGUGAAUACCGAAGGAUUCCGAAACUGUCUCAGCAGAAUUGCACAUCUCGUCAUUAA